CGAUGGCCACAGGCCUGGGCCGCUGGAACGGCACGGUCAAUGACUCCUGGGAAGGGGACGAGCUGGGCUACAAGUGCCGUUUCAAUGAGGACUUCAAGUACGUGCUGCUGCCGGUGUCCUACGGCGUGGUGUGUGUGCUGGGGCUGUGUCUGAACGCCGCGGCGCUCUACGUCUUCCUGUGCCGCCUCAAGACCUGGAACGCGUCCACCACGUACAUGUUCCACCUGGCCGUGUGCGACGCGCUGUACGCCGCGUCCCUGCCGCUGCUGGUCUACUACUACGCCCACGGCGACCACUGGCCCUUCAGCGUGGUGCUGUGCAAGCUGGUGCGCUUCCUCUUCUACACCAACCUCUACUGCAGCAUCCUCUUCCUCACGUGCAUCAGCGUGCACCGGUGCCUGGGUGUCCUGCGCCCGCUGCGCUCGCUGCGCUGGGGCCGCGCGCACUACGCCCGCCGCGUGGCGGCCGCCGUGUGGGUGCUCGUGCUGGCCUGCCAGUCCCCCGUGCUCUACUUCGUCACCACCAGCGUGCGGGGCGGCCGCAUCACCUGCCACGACACCUCCGCGCCCGAGCUCUUCGGCCAGUUCGUGGCCUACAGCUCCGUCAUGCUGGGCCUGCUCUUUGCCGUGCCCUUCGCCGUCAUCCUGGUGUGCUACGUGCUUAUGGCCCGGCGGCUGCUGAAGCCGGCCUAUGGCAUGUCGGGGGGCCUGCCGCGGGCCAAGCGCAAGUCGGUGCGCACCAUUGCCGUGGUGCUGGCCGUCUUCGCGCUCUGCUUCCUGCCUUUCCACGUCACCCGCACCCUCUACUACUCCUUCCGCUCGCUGGACCUCAGCUGCCACACCCUCAACGCCGUCAACGUGGCUUACAAGAUCACCCGGCCGCUGGCCAGUGCCAACAGUUGCCUUGACCCCGUGCUCUACUUCCUGGCGGGGCAGAGGCUCGUGCGCUUUGCCCGAGAUGCCAAGCCACCCUCAGAUCCCUCUCCUAUUGCCCCGGUUCGCCGCAGAGGGGGCCUGCGCAGGUCGGACAGGACUGACAUCAAGAGGACAAAAGAUGUAUUGACCAGCAGUGAGGACUCUAGGUGGACAGAGUCCACACCAGCUGAUGGUGAGAACACUAAGGACAUCCGGCUGUAGGACCUGAAUCCCUCAGGCCUGUGCAAGUUUAUAUGGGGGGGGGGGUGCUGUAGGGAUUAGGACUUCUUCAGAUGGGAUGGUCUCCCUAGAUAGGGCCCAUUAGUGACACAUGCCUGAUGGUCAAGGGAGCCAUGACCUCAAUGCUCUGUCAUUUGGCAGGGGCUCAGAAUGUUCUCUGCGGUCCAGAGAUCUCAACAGUUCCUAUGACGCCAGUCACAAUUUGUAUGUGUGAGCUGGGGAAUAAGGCUUCAAGAAAGGCAAGGGUAAGGGGCCAAUGCUGCCCCUGGCCUGACUCCCACAUAAGCAGCUGGCUGUGCCUGCCAGGGUAUCCAGCCUGAUCAAGUCAAAUGGAGAAACAGGCCCAGAGGGGAAAGUGACUUACCAAGGUCACAGUCUGGGCCUGAGGCCCCUAGGAGGGGCAGGGUUACAGGCUGACCGAAGGACCCUGGUAAGGGGUCAGGGCCGAGCCAGAGCUUCCUACAGAGGGGUCUAGGGCAGGUCUGGAUGCCCCAGUGGACACACCUCUGAGGAGGAGCCCCAGCCUGAGAGAUGAACGUAAUGUCAGGGAACCAGUGUCAUAAACCCAUCUGGAGGCUCCCCUGGGCUGGGAGCCAGUUGGAGGCUGUAACUUCUACUAAAGUUGUUGCCUGCUGCGCUGUGCCCUAUUGUGUGGUUUGAGGAUGAAGAUACAGCCUAAGAAGCUCUCACCAUCCACACUGGGGUCCUUUCUCCAACUUGUACUCUUCUGCCGCCUGCCUUCCCACUAGCUGCCACAGAAGACAGGAGAGAGAUGGGGUCCUGUCCCGGGAUCCCCCAGUUGAGGGCUUAAUGGCUAUGACCAGUCGUGCUGGUAAAUGUUAAACCAUCUAACUGGCUCUCCAGGGGGUGAGGGGAACCCCUUAUUUGUAGCCUUGCCGACUGCCAUGGUGCAAAUAGCCUGCCUUGGCCAAUUUCAGACUACUAAUGUGAUGUCAGCCUCCUCGCAAAAUUCCUGAAAAUUUAACAAUUGGCUUUUGCAAGCAGGUCCCAGAUGCUCCAGCACACCAUGGAAAAUGCUGAGUGGUUGGGGCUGUGGACCAGGGGGUCAGGGAGGCUUCCUGGAGCGGGGGACACUCCUGAGCUGUAGCUUCUGAGGAAAGCAGUUCAUCAGAGAAGAACAUCCAGGGGCAGGGUGCAUCCUGGGCAAAGACAUGGGGACAGGAAAUCAGGCUAAGCAGGAACUGGAGGCAGGCCGGGCAGCCGGCACCCAGGCUCACAGCAGGAAUGAGGCUGGGGGGUGGGUCACAAGGAUACCAAGACAGGGCUCCCUCCUUGCCUUUACCUGAGGUUUCCUUUGAGCAGGGGCUAAGUAUGGGAGAGAUUCACUUCUCUUCCUGUCCCAUCCUCUGCCUCUUGGGAAGAUCCGGCUAUAUGGCAUAAUAGUUGGUGCUCAGCCUGGGUCAGGGCUUCGGGUGAGGGAGAUCUUUCUCACCUGUGACAGAUUCUGGGUCCAGCCAGGACCACUGCGGAGAUUUGUAGAGCUCAGCUGAACAGGGCCCAGCUCAGCCUUAGGGCAGGAGUAGGGCAAAGCUGACAGGCCUCACUCUUAAUCUCAAACAUAAAGACUCACUCCCUCUCCCUCUGGGAGACCCCUUGCCCUAUCGGCCCACUCUGCCUGAGAGAAGGUUCUUUUCCCACCCAAAUUCUGCCCGCCUCUUAUGACUUCUUCACCCUUCCCAUUCUACUUUGUCAGAAUGGGGCAUCCCCCAAGGGUUCUCUAUUUAGAGUCUAACUCCACAGCUCCCUCAUGCAACGGGGACCCAUCACAAGCCAUGAUCCAGGAAAAUUACUCUGCAUUGCAAUGUGGGUGACCUGCUCAAAGUAGUGUGAAAUGCUCACCUCCCAUAUUCUAGGUCCUAUACUUCUGUUAAUGUAACCAGAGUCCCUGUGAGCUUUUUUGUGACUAUCUUUUGCAAACUGUCCUUGAGCCUUUCCUGCAGGCCUAAGCCUAUCUCUUUCCUACCAGCUACUGCUCAGGCUGGACCCCAUCCUAGUUUAUAGGAACCCCAUACCCAGGUAAGAUUACACCCAAGAGUGUAAAUGCUGGGCUCUGAUUCCCUCAGCCCUGCUUAGACCCAGAGGCAGGAGGUUAUACAUCGUGAUUCUGGGGACUCCUGAGUGUGCAUCUAUGGUUGGGGGUAGGGCUGUGGCCACCAAAUGCCCAAGUACCCUUAGUCCCCAUUCCUUUCAUGUCCUGCCUACCUACUCCUCAAGCAGUUGUCCUGGAGACCCUGAGAACCCAGGGCCCUACAGCACAUGGAGCCAACACUAUGGCCUAGCCCCAGGAAGCCUUCCUUGAACCAGCCGCCUGCACAUGUCUAAGGACAAAGGACCUAGGGAAAAGGAGAGCCUUACUCACCAUCUAAUCCAGUGGCAGACACUGGUGGAGGUGGAAAAGAGAGACUCUAAGGGAACCAGGGACAGGCCCAGGGUUCCACCCCUGGGCCCCAGUCAGACUGCCUGACCCCUCAAUGUGGAUGUCUGGCCUUACUGCUCAGGGCCCAAACCAUCCACCUAGCGGGUGAGGUUCCUGACCCUCCUGCCUUGUGCUAUUUUCAGCCCGAGUAAGAGCAGGAUUUUCCACUCCCAGCCCCAGACCAUUGUCCAGUAGUGACGUGGGGGGACCUGCCUGCUCUCAAAAUAUCUCCUCUUACUCACUGGGCCUCCGUGCUCCCUCCCAACCCCCCCACCUCCUCACCCUGACAUCACGUCCUGGGGCUGUUGACUCUUGAAGGCCACUGUGAAAGGGCAUAGUCACCUGACAGGGACCCCGGGGAUUAUCCAGCCUAGCUGUAGACUUGAGAGGGGUGGGGCCUUGCCCAAGGUCACUCAGCAGGUCAGCGUGGCACCUGGAUGUGCGCCAGGGGCUCAGGCUGUCCCUGCUGCUCUGCUCCCUUUAGUUCAGGUCGAUGCCUUUGUGGGAUUCCUGUCAUCACCCUCACUGCCCCAGCUCUCCCCACCCCGGUGGAUGGAGCUGGUGGCCGGAGCCGUGGCACUGAGGCCAGGGGCAUAGGAGAGGAGAGGGGGGACAGUGCGGGGGGAGGAGCUAGUCUUGGUGAGCUCUGUGCAUCCAGGACGGGGCCCUGGGACACAGGGGGUCUCUGCCCUGUGGGGCAGGUGUUCCAGGGCCCAGGAGGGAGGUUAGGCCCCCAAAGCUACCCCUCUGCCACUACCCUUGUCAUGACAGAUCGAGCUAUUCUGUUCAGAGUCAAGCUCAUGAGGAAGGGUACUCGUGUAUUAACGCAGGCCCCAGGCACCUCUCGUCUCUAUUAUUUAUUCUUCCCCACAACUGUGUGAAAGAGACAUUAUUAUCCCCAUUUAGCAGAGGAGGGGACAGGCUCUGAGAAGUGAGGACUUGCUCCAGGCUGUACAGGCAAUCAGGGAGUGAGUCAGGAUCGAAUCUGAGUCCAUCAGAUGCCCAGAUUAGUUCCUUUCCAGCAUCCCAUGCCACUUGCAACCUCUGCUGGGCAGGAGGGUCUGUAAGCAACCCUCCGUGGGAUUCAAGAUGAAAGGGGCAGUGUGGUGGGGAUGGGGUUGAGAGCACAGAUUCGAUGCCCGUACUACCUCUGUCUGAAAGUUAUCUCUGCUCCUGCAGCUGUACCACCUCGGGCAAGUUACUGAAUCUUGCAGGGCCUUGGUUUUCUCAUUUCCGAGAGGACGUACCACCUCCCACGCAGGGCAUUGGAUCAAUAUGCACGAAACACUUGGUAAGCAUUUACAGGGCAGGCACGGUGCCAAGGUGAUACAGAGGUAAACCAGCUGGACCCUGCCCUCAUGGAGUGGACAUAAUGUAAUAUAUAACCACACUAGGAUACAUUAUUGAAGGAAAGGAAUGUCCAGCCAGUGAGCAACAGUGGGCCUCCUGUGACCCCAGGAUGGAGGAGGAGGAGGAAAGCGGGUCUACCCUUGGCACUGGGUGGCCUUCAGGCCCAUGGGCCUGUGUGUGUUUACAGCACCUCGUGCCUAUGCCAGGCCGUGAGAGGGCAGCAGGGAGAAGCAAGAGGGGGAAGGGGAGGAGGAGGGAGGGAGGCCCUUGAUAUCAAGCUUCUGGAGCCAGCCCCUGUGGACCAGAGAGCUCCCACUCGCCCAUGGCAACAGCCAUUUCUCCCUAACUGAUGGUCCCCAUCGUGGGGUGCUACAACUACUUCUUGGUUCAACCAAGAGCCCGGAGACCCAGGCUGCCAGGACCCAGAGCAGGCAUUGAAUGGGUAACUUUUGCUGUGUGACCGGAGGCUGCCCGCCUGCCCUCUCUGGGCCACCCUCUGGAGCUUGGAGCCCUUGCCUCCCAUGACCCGGUUGUCCCUGCCUCAGUUAGGACAUCAGCCACCUCGAUCUUCAGCAAAGGCACAACAAACAGGCAUUCCCCCCCAGGCAUUCCCCCAACCCCCUGGGCUCUCAGUUCUGAGGACUGGAGUGGGCAGUGAUUCUCCCCUGGCAUCAAGCGACAGAGAGGUAAAGCGACACCAUUGGCACCCCACAGGGGCUCGGAGCGGAGCUGGUCCGCUGUCCGAUGGCCCCGCCCCUUGCAGGUGGAGGGGGGAGUCUGGCCAAGGAGUGCCUGAACUGCAGGGUGAGAGAUGUGUUUGCCUUUCCAAGCGGCAUGUGCUGGUGGGGGGUGGAGAGCGGAGGGCAGAUGAACCCCAGAAGCCAAGCUCUCCUCCUCCUCUCCCCUGUGCACCAUGUGCCUUGGUGAAUCCCUUCGCCUCUCUGGGCCUCAGUUUUCCCGUCUGCCAUGGGGCUUGGCUCUGCCCAGCCGCUCUUCCUCCAAUACAGGCUUCCUGAGCUUCAGCCUCUGUCUUGGCUCUCGUUCAGCCAGGUGUCCAGUCUCAGUCCUGUUCCAGCCAGGAACAAUGGGCCGGGCUGGGCCAGUCACUCAUGGCCCCAGACUCAGUCCCCAAGGGCUCACCCUGGACUAUUUUCAGCUCUUGGAGAUGGAGUCAGAAAAGGAUUUUCCACUCCCGGCACAAUGGCUGCCCUGGACCAUUGUCCAGCAGUGACCGGGAGACCCACCCGCCGCAAAAUAUCUUCCCUGCCCCUACCCUCUGGGCCUCCCCAACUUGACAUGGCUUCCCGGGGCUGUUAACUCCCGAAGGCUGUUGUGAAGCAGCACGUGAGUACCCUGGAAGACAGGGCCGGUUGGAAUCAGUUUUCCCUCCUGGCAGGGAGCCCAGGGAUGGUUUGGCUGCUUAGAGGGACGAGAGGCCCAGAGAGAGCUGUGCCUUGCCCAAGGCCACAUAGCAGUCAGCAUGGAGACUGGAUGCGAGGCCCGUGAAGCCUCCACUGCCCUCAUCAGCACCGCAUGCGCCUUCUGAGAACUCCCCUUGGAGGACCUCAGCGGGGCAUGCUGGAAAGGGGCCUAAGGGACGAGGGUGGAAGGGGGUGUAUCUUGGGAACCUGGGGCACUCUCUUCAGUCCUGUUUUUCGCGAAUGUGGCUUUAGCUUGCACUGAAUUCAGGGUUACCGAGUUGUGGCUCUGGGGAAAGAAGGAGGUUGGGGGACCCAGGGAAGUUGAGGCAGGAGGAGCAGGGUUCUGGCCUAGCUCAGCCAUCACCAGCUCCAUGACCACACAUUCAAUUUCUUUAUAAAAUGGAACUGCUAAUACUUCUUUUUCCAGCUUACUGAACAGUGAGAAUGCAGGAAGGCCCAAACACAGCUAUUUUAUUUUCCUACCAGUACUGCCGAGUAUACUCCAUGUCUGAUUUCCCUUUCCCAUCCAUGAACUGUUUAAAUGGCAAACUCCCAAUAUUUGAGUCACUUGUGGGUAACAAAGUUCAUUCCAGCUUAAGGUUCCAAGCCCUACUUAAUUUAAUGCCCACCCCUCUUCUUCCCCCGUGCUGGGAGGACCCACCUCACCCCUCCUUUGUGUCCCUCUCUCCUCUGGAUGUCAGGCAAGGUGGUGAGGAGGAAAGGGACCAGUAUACCAUCCCCAGGACUGCCACAGUCCUUUCUUGCUGUCCUUGCUUCUCUCGCUAGGACAACAUGACCAACAGUGCGCCUCCGAGUGGAGCCCUCCAAACACCAGCCCACACCUUUGUAAAGAGUCUCUUCAUUCACCCAGUCUGAGUGUGCCCCAUCUUUCUUGCUGAGACUCUAACUCAUAUGCCCCAGACUCUUGAGUGACUUUCCGAGAGCACCCCUCACCUGGCUUGGUUCAGAACUCACAAAAGCAGGGAUGUUUUCAAGGUCACUGAGCCCAGUGUUCAGCUUGUAGACAGCAUGGAGGGUGGUAGAGGGCUGGGGUAAUAAACUCUGAGAAGGUGUCUGA